AUGAUCCUCGAAGAAGAUCCCGCCGCCCUGAUCCGGCACACGAUCCACAACUUCAACAUCGCGCCGGACCGCAACGCCGUGUCGCGCGUGCAGGACUCGCUGAGCACGCUGCAGUCGGCGCGCGACCUGCGGCUGGGCGAGUCGGCGGCCCAGCUCAAGAAGCUGACGCGCACGCUGGCGACGCUGUCGGCGCAGCACGACGAGCUGGUGGGCGCGCACUCGUCCACGGCGCACGCCUCCGAGAUCGCCCGCCUCGACACGCAGAAGUUCCGCACCGCCAAGGCCUGCUCCGACCUCGAGAUGGAGGGCGAGCGCCUCGCCGGCACCGCCGCCGACCUGGCCGCCCGCCUGGCCGAGCUCGAGGCCCAGGGCGUCGAGGGUGACGCCGCCGACGCCGCCCGCCGCAAGGACCCCGUCGAGGACGAGGUCCUGCUGCGCCUCAAGGUCUACCGCAGCCUCGGCAUCGACAUCGAGCGCGACGCCAAGGACGGCGGCAACGGCGAGUUCACCCGCGCCGUCGUCCGCAACGAUCGGAAGGGCGAUGUGCACGUCGUCAACAUGGACAAGAACUUCUCGCGCUUCUUCUACGCCAACUAUUUCUGGAGUUCCAUGGGGGAUUGA